GGACAUUGGAAGGAUUCUCGGGCUAGCUGUUGGUGCGCUUCUCUUGAUAUUAGUGUUACUACUGUGUUCCUAAAGUUCCUUUGUCUUUACUUGGACAUGCCCAUCCACAGACAUAUAAAAAAUGUCGUUCACAAUUAUACAGAUGCUGAAAGAAAGGUUCGGGAAGCUACAUCGAACGAUCCAUGGGGUCCUAGCAGCACUUUAAUGGCCGAAAUAGCUGACAAGACUCAUAAUGUUAUGGCAUUCACGGAAAUAAUGCAAAUGAUUUGGAGAAGACUCAAUGAUAAGAGUAAAAACUGGCGACAUGUUUACAAGGCUCUUGUUCUUUUGGAAUACUUGUCAAAGACUGGUAGUGAUAAGGUCGCUACUCAGUGCCGAGAAAAUAUCCACUCAAUAGAAACGUUGCGAGACUUUGAGUGUGUUGAAGAUGGGAAAGAUCGUGGUAAGAAUGUCCGUGAGAAAGCUCGUCAUUUGAGUACGCUUCUUAGAGAUGAGGAACGUUUGCACGAAGAACGUACAAAGGCUCUACUAGCACGUGACCGUUUGAUGCAUGGGGGUUUGGGAACUACGGCUUCUGCUGGAGAUUCACCGGUUAAAUAUGGUGUCCCACCAUCUGGUCGUAGUAGCUAUCCUAUUGGAUAUUCUGGCUCCAACUAUUUUGAAAAAGGAACCUUGCCUUCAAAAUCUGUUUCUCAUGCCGCAACUGAAUUAGAUUCCGUUAGACCUCAAUCUGCCGGAGAAGAACAAUUACAUCUUCAACUUGCUCUGGCUAUCAGUAAAGAGGAACAUGAUCGAGAAGAACGGCGGAGACGAGCUGAAGAAGCUAAAGAAGAAGCCAAAGUACAAAUGGUAAUAGAGCAGAGUCGUCGAGAAGAACAGAAGGAUAAGUCAGGUAAACAUUCAGUUUCCAAUAUUCCUUCUGGAUCUAGUAGUGCCUUUGAGCCACCAAGUUGUGCUUAUAGUGGUGGAUUAUUCAAUUUAGUUGAUACUUCCUUAUCAGUUGCACCAGCUCAUUUACCGGAUCCAUGGUCUGCUCCUUUAGCAGUUCCGAGCAGUUCGUUAAAUAAUAAUACAUCAUCACCUUCUCCAUCCACAUCAUUUAAUAAUACCAAUAUACCACAGUCAACUUUUCCACUUAUCCCUAUUGAUGAUCCUUGGAGUCCGAAAAAUCAACCAAAUAUUCCAACACAUUCUACAACAAGUAAUUCCGAUGAAAUGUGGAAUUUGGAAUCAACCUUAGGUGCUACAUUACCGUCCACUUCUAAUACAAACACCGAGUCAGUUAUUUCUAACCAUCAUCAUCAUACCAACAGUGGUAGCAAUCUCAAUAAUAACAAUGGGCAUUUUGAUUUUGAUUUGAAUGGAACUUCAAAUAAUAUGAAUGAUCAAUUUCCGCAGCAGUCCACUUUUCAAAAUGCACAAACAUCUUUAACUAUAGAACAACAACAACAUCAAGAACAACAGACUGUACGUAAACGAACUCCUGCUGACUUUUUAGGUGAACAUCAGAAAUUAGUUGACUUGGAAAAGCUGAUUGAAAAAAAUCCAGGAAUCCAUGUUAGCGCUUGCCUUGUGAUGCAGUUUUAUGGUUUUCUCAACGUGUGUCCUAUCCAAGACAUGGACGUCCCAUGAUGUCUCCAUAUCCAAUGUUGUCCAUUACAACUUCAGUGUUUAGGUCUCCUAACAGGAUGGUGAGAUCCUUUCUUGGGCAUUCCACUAUGAUCGAUUGCAGCCUCGAGUAGAACUGAUCUUCAUCGUCGCCGUUGCUAUCAUUGGUGGGUGCGUAACAUUGGAUAACAUUCAUUGUGAUUCCCUCCUUUGUUUUGAAGGAUGCUUUGAUGAUCCUGGAUCCGUGAGAUUCCCAUCCUAUAAGUGCAUUUCGUGCUUCUUUGAACAGCGUCAGGGCAACUCCCUGAGUGUGCAAAGCAUUCUCCUCUUUGUGACCGAAGUACAGCAGCAUUUCUCCCGUAUCUAGCCUUUUCUGUUGAGCUUGGGUCCAAUGGGUUUCGCUGACUCCGAGCACCAUCAAGUCGUAUCUCCUCAUUUCCGUUGCUGUUUGACUAGUUCUCCCAGUCUCCCACGUUGUCUGGACAUCCCAUGUACCUAUAAAAAUUGUUGCUCUGGUUGUUAGAAGGGGCAUCGGCCUCGUGGCUUCUGAAGAAUCUCAGCUUGCACCAUGAGGCGUCAUAAUUCUUCCUUCAACUCCCAGGGUAGAGUUUAAAUUAUUUAUUCUGCUUAGAGUUUUUUAACAAGGCUUUUUUCUACGGGACGGGGUUGCCAACCCCCUCCUUUUCCCGGACUUGGGACCGGCAGUAGCGCUAGGAGAGCUACGGGCGGAGUUCGUGGCGUGCAAUUGAUUAAUACACGCUGGAUAUCUUUGACCUUGAUGUGGAUCGAUAAACUGGUAGAUAUUCAGUGAUCUGACAACACCUUGGCAGAUGUUCUAGGAAUUUGUACAUUCGGGCUUGUGAGCACCUACCCGUGUGGUUAAGCAAAGGUGUUGUCAAAACUGUUAACAGCUCCAUCUUACACCAUUUAGUCCAAACAGGACAUACAGCCAACAUGGAGCAAUCUUUUGCAAUAGUCUAUCGUGUCAACAGCAGUCUACCUAAUUCCGUCAGACUGCGAAUCCUACAGACGGCUGAAGCAAUUGCUAUUUGGAUCGAAAAGCCAGAGCUUUGUAUCCAAAAGAAGUAUGUUCAGCCACUCCUUUUACCCUGGUCAACUAGCUAAUAAUCAAUCUUAUAAUGUGGUGACGUAAUCUGAUUAAUGUUCAUUUUAUGUCCCAAACUUAUUAUUAUUAUUAUUACUAUUACUAUUAUUGUCUUUACAUUUGAUAACCCCUUUUUGAGGAAUUUAUUCAAUAUCCACCCCUGAAUCUACUAUAUUUGACCUAAUUAUUUUACAUACUACGCAAUUUCCGAUUUGUAAUCACAAUAUUCUCUCUCUCUCUUUCUUACCCAUGUUGACCAUAUUUAUUCUGACAAUUUAUCUCACAACUUCAUUUCGCUUAUAAACUGGUUCAAGUUAACACUUCAUAUUAGUCAGCCCCAACAUUGACGAUUUUAUUUUAUAUAACAAACAAUUCCUGAUUCAUAUAUUACAAUUUCCAAAUGAUGUAUUUUGCCUUAAAUCUAACCAAUUUUAUGGAUUAUUAAUCUGGUUUUUCAAAAACUAAUUUGAUAUGGCAAACUAUUAACAUUUCUGUUCAUACAGAUAAUCUUUGAGUUUACAGUUCAAUUAAAUUGACCAACUUAUCAUUUAGGAUUUCGUCUGUUGAAUAAGAUUUGUAAUAUUUAGUUGUAAUUUACUUGAAAGAAGAAUCUUACUUAGCUGGUUCGGGAAUAUGUGAUUUGACAAACAAGAUUUAUAGAAGUGCAGUUUCACUCGUUCCAAUUUAAUUGUGCACUUGAGGUUAACUCGUUCAUAUAACCUUCUAAUAACUUGUGUAGACUCUUUUCAGAAAUUUAAAACAGUCCCUUUGGUAAAUUUUGAUAGUGCAACGAGAAGGCGAAAGUUAUCAUUGCGAAACAUUUGGUUGAGACUGUUCAUAAAGUUGAUAACAAGUCAGCAUUUGUAGUGUUGUACAAAAGCCUUCAGGGGUGUAUACUAAGGUUUAUUGAAGCCUUGGCUAUGCGGAGACUGAUAGUCCUUAUGGUAUUUCAGGAAAAGAUUUGCGUGUUAAGUUUCAGAUUACUUUGUUUUUUUGUUUGCUUGGGUUAUAUGGAUUAGGACUACUUGGUUUGUUUCAUUUUUAUGCUCAUAUGUUUAGACGCUUUUUAAUCUCAGCAGGUUUAUCUUGGUUCUCCUCCCAACAUUGAAUACAAAACAGUUAGUAUACUCUUAUCUACUUAUUCCAAAUGUCUUAUACAACGAUUCCUGUUCUGCUUCACAACAACAGUACAAAAUUUCGGAUUGUGUAACCUACUUGAUCAUACAAUAGAAAACUUAAUGUGUUUGAAAAUGUUAACAAAUAAUUGGUCAUCAUUAUCUUCAUAGCAUCAUGUGUAUUUGCUUAAAUUGUUAGUGUGAAUACUAUGAAUUAGGUUCAACGUUGUUUUCUGACAAAGAUUAAACAUUUAGAAAGCACUUAUUGCGAGUUUGGUGUUAUUCUAUUGCCAGCCAGUGUGAAAAUUCGCUACAUAUUUCAUGAAAAAUCUCAUAGCAGUUUAUCACUCAGUGAUCAAGGAAAGUAGCGCUGAAAGUGAAUAUUAUAUACGUCUUUUAAUCAACCAACAUGAUCGUUUCGAAUCUUUGGUGUUGUAAGUUACAAUUGUCGUCAAAUUCAUAAUUUUACUUUGCAUUAUAUUUUUUCUCCUUCCCCAAUUAGCUUCUACAAAUCCAUUCACUGUUGGUUCGAAAUCUGUAACUGGUGCAGCUUGUAAUCCAUUUAUACCUAAUCAGUCAUUGAAACCAUCACUGAAUCAAUUGGCACCAGCACCGGCACCUCUGUCAGGUCCAAUUUAUCAUAACACAAUGAAUAAUCCAAUGUUCUAUCAAGUUCGACCAUAUUAUCCUGCUAGUGGUUCGGUCGCAACAGUACAACCCAAUUAUAUGGUGCCGAUCAAUACUGCAAGUGCAUGGUCCGUUAUUGAUGGCUCUGGAAAUAAUAUGAUGCAUCAACAACAGACAAGUAGUUUAAAUCCAUUUUAUUAAAGAUGAUAAUCAUGAUUAUGCAACUGUGACUGUUAUUUCCAUUGUAGUAUCGCAUCACCACUGGAACUACUACUACUUUUGUUUGUGUUCAAAUACUGGUUGCUUAUUCCUUCAUUGUCUCUUUCGGGUUGAUUUUUUAAGAAAAGAAAACAGUUAUUGAUCUCUAUUGCCUUCAUUUUUCUUUUAAAAUGCUAACCCCAAAGUAUCAUUGUCGUUUGACAGUUGUGCUGUUCUGUACAACAUAUACAGUACCAAUUCUUAUUGCACUCAAUCUUUCUACACUUAUUAGCUUUGAUUUUCUUCGCCUUUCUCCCUUCUAAAGACAAUCGAUUCAUAGCGUUUACUACAUAUUCUUUGUCUUGUCAAGAAUUAAGCUAUCAGGGAUCUCUCAACUCUUCCUAUUUGCAGUGUGUGAUUAUUGGCUACCAUCAACAUUUAAAUCUUGCGUAUUUAGGAUCACUGUGCUUAUGCAAAGUUUUUUAUGUGUUUUAUUCCGUUUUUUCUUCUGAAAACGAUUACACUGCUGAUGUCGUUACUAUUUUGAGCCUAUUACAACACCUACUACUAUCAGUGUUAUCAAGUUAUUAUGAAAUAAAUUAUUCUCCUUAUCUUUUCUUGUGAAAAAGAAUAGUUCUGCUCCCAUUGAGAUACAUUUUGCCGACACAGCCCCCUCCUUGAUAUCAGUAUAACACGCUUACAUAUAUUAAAAAAGAAACAUAAUUCAUUUAGUGAUAGUAAUGUACAUCGUAUUUUUUCGGAAAGAGUAAGUUCAUUCAAAGACAAGUAAUUCUACGAAUGUUACUGAACCACCAGUUGAAUGUUAAAUAAAAUUGUGAAAUGCCAUUCAAUUACCAAUAUAUAUAUAUAUAUAUAUAUAUAUAUAUAUAUAUAUAUAUAUAUAUAGCAGUUCGCUCUAUGUUUAUUUGUACUAUUAUUUCCUCUACUGAUAUUUUCACUUGAAUUCUCAUUCUUGUUUCUGCGUUCUUUUUCUAAAUCACAAUAAAUGACUGGUUCAAAAUGUUAAUUAUUUGUGUCACAACAACAACUACUACUAAUAUUGAUAAUCAUGUAUUGAUUUAUUGACUGAUCAAUAAUUUCAUCUGAUUUUUUUAUUAUCAUUGUUUACAUCCUUACUAAUCCUUUUACAAUUAAACGCAGUCAAACUAUUUUCUGUUUGACUGUACACAUUGUGUGGGAAAAAUACUUGUACUUUAUUUCUUUAUCGAUCAACAGUGAUUUGCUUGUUAUUACCUACCAUAUAUAUUUGUGAUUACGGAUGCAAUUAUACCUGUUCCAUGCAUACCUACAUGUUACUACUGAUGUUUAAUAAUAAUGAUAAUCGUUCGAUUGUUAACUAGUUUGUGCAAACAUU